AUGCCUAAGCCAGAAUACUCUAUCCUCCUUCUGGGCGGUGAUGGUAUUGGCCCUGAGGUCACGGCAGAAGCCGCUGCUGUCUUAGACCAACUCUCUGCUACCCCAAACGCUCGAGCCACUUUCAAAUUCGUCCCUAGGGCGUUCGGAGGCUGCUCCAUCGAUGAGCACGGUGUCUCCGUUACCGAAGAAACCCUGGAGCAAGGCAAAAAGUGCGAUGCUAUCCUCAUGGGUGCCGUGGGUGGCCCCAAGUGGGAUGGCAAGCGACGCGGCUUUGAAGGCCCCGAGGGAGCUACUCUACGUCUCCGAGAGGUGACGGAUGUGUACGCCAAUAUCCGCCCAACCGAAUACUUUCCUCAGGGCAAAUCUCCUUUGAGAGAAGAGCUUGUCCGCGGUACCAAGUAUAUAGUCCUUCGAGAGAACUGCGGUGGUGCAUUCUAUGGUCCCAAGGUUGAGGAACCAGACUACGCGUCUGAUCUGUGGAGCUACAAGAGAAGCGAAAUCGAGCGUAUCGCUCGCAUGGCUGCUACUUUGGCACUCUCGCCUGCAGUUCCUGUGAAGAAGGUCAUCAGCUGUGACAAGGCCAAUGUCCUUGCUUCGUCUCGUAUCUGGCGCCGCAUUGUCGAAGAGACCAUCACAAAGGAGUUCCCCGAGGUGGAAUUGGUCCAUCAAUUGGCUGAUAGCGCAACCACUCUGAUGAUGACCAAGCCAUCCAUGUUUAACGGCGUCAUUGUUGCCGAUAACACAUUUGGAGACAUUCUGUCCGACUUGGCUGCCGUUAUCCCUGGCACACUUGGCGUUCUACCUUCAGGCUGCUUGGCAGAUCUCCCCGCUCCAGCCUGGACACCCGGCUUGAAGCCGGUCAAGGGAUUCUUCGAGCCCGUACAUGGUUCGGCACCUGAUAUUGCUGGCCAGAGCAUUGCCAACCCCAUUGGGGCCAUUCUCAGUGCGGCAUUGAUGUUGCGAUAUAGUUUUGGAUUGUUUGAAGAGGCCAAAGCUAUCGAAGAUGCCGUCAAUCUGACUUUGGAAAGCGGUCUGAGGACAAAGGACAUGGGUGGUUCGAGCUCUACAAAGGAGUUGGGCAGUGCAAUUAGGGAGAACCUGAAGAAGCUUCUAUAG